ACAUAUUGACUCAUUUUUUUAAAAUUAGCUUAAAUUUUUUAGGGAUAGGGUAUCGAUGUAUCGACCAAGCUGACUUCGAAAUUGUGAUACUCGUGUCCAGCCUCGGAAGUUGCUGGUAAUGUAUAGGCCUGUGUGUUAGAAGCCAGCCUGGUCUAUUGUAGCGAGUUCCAGGACAGAACUUUGUAGAGAGACUGUUGUUUCAAAAGAAAAGAAAGAAAGAAAGAAAGAAAGAAAUCUACCAGAGCCUUGUGGACUUAGCUAAUACCACUUAUACAAAAUUUAUCCUUAUGCGUAGGCAGCAAAAAGCAUUACUUUCCCUUUUUAUUGGGGCUUGUGGCCACGCCUUCCUGGCUUGGCAGGCCUGCUGGCCCCUCAGCCUCACCGCUUUUACACUUUUUGUUCUGGAAUGAAGUCCUGGUUCGCGUCCUUAGAGUUUUAAUCUGUUCCAUCCUCUCACCGAUGCCUCGUUUCCGUUUCCAAAAUACUUCCCAGGCUCUAUCGACACUCAUAUUGGAGAGUAAGCCACAGACUUGCGCAGACGUGGGGUUUCUUUCUCUUUUCUUUCUUUCUUUCUUUUUUCUUUUCUUCCUCCUCCUCCUCCUCUCCUCUUCCUCCUCCUCCUCCUCCUUUUUUUUUUUUGGUGUUGGAGAUCGAACCUAGAGCCUUCUAGCAUGUAGCCAAGGGCUCUCCCACUGAGCUGCACACCUAGCUCCUUGCUCAUCCAUUGCUUCUGCCUCCAGCGAUGUUUUUUAGGGUUUCGUUCCAGGUCUUAACCACCCCUCCAGUCCUGACUGUCCCCCCAACCCCUCCCUGUGCCGCCCACCCAUUCCAAACUUGACUGACUUUAUCCCCUGUAUCGGACCUUGUUCCGCCUAAUAGUAGGCUUUACAAGUUUGCUCUUUGGCCCCCCGGUUCUUUCUUGAUACACCUCUGAGCCCCUUCCCACUCAAGUCACGAUUUCUCGGCUUGCUGCUGUUAGCUUUCCCCUGCCUUCUGGGCAUACGAUCUGCUCCCAGGCCUGUAGAGAUUGCCUUGAUCAGGUCCCUAAACCUCUUCCAACUCAAGUACAGCCUUCUGAGCGCGCCCUUGACUCUGCGCGCCCCUUAGUCUCUUUCUGCUGAAGCUACGCCUUCCUGUGGUGCCUGACUGCCUGCUGCUCCUCUGCCCCUGGCUACAUCCGUCCACUCUGUCAAGGCUUUUCACUCCCCAAACAUGCCCCCCACCACUGUCUCUCGCGCGGCUGUCUCUGUCUCCCCCUCCUCUUCGCUCCCCUAAAGCCCCGCCUUUGGGGUUUCCUCAGCGUCGUCCCCUGGGCCUGGCCACGCCCUCGAGCCACACCCCCCCUGCCGGAGCCUCGUCUUCUAGGCUUUCCGAACCUCGUCUGCUGGCCUCGGCUUGCCACGUCUCCUGGCUCUGGCUACGCCCUGAGCCCCCUCCUUGCCGGAGCCACGCCUUCUGGGUGGCCCCCUGGCCCCCUCUGCAUUUGCUGCUUGUAUUUAGCGACACUUCUUGGCCACGCCUCAGAGACGCCCCUAGCCCGAGCCCGCCUUCUGGGUUUGCUGUCCGCCUUCCACCCUGGCCCUAGCCACGCCUCGUGUCCCCUCCUCACUCAAGCCACACCUCGGUUUGCCUCCCCCUCAGCCUCACCGCUGCUCAAGUCUGGCCUACUCAGUCUCCAGUCCCUGCCUCCAGCUGGUCUUCCAGCCGGGCGGCCCAGUUCCGGGGCCUCAGCCUCCUCCCUAGAAAAGGAAAGUAGUGCUCCUCUGCAGGCGUCCGAAAGUCGCACCGGUUUGGCCAGUCCGGCCACCUGAGCGCCCUCAGGGGAGCGCGGGCCUCGCCGCCACCGGAAACGGAAGCGCAGGACAGCAGGACCAUGGCGACGCUGUUUGACCUCCCAGACUUGGUGCUCUUGGAGAUCUUCUCAUACCUCCCGGUCCGGGACCGGAUCCGCAUCUCCAGGUGCGGCCCCGCUCCUCGGGGGAAAGAGCCGGGCAGGGGCUCAGCAGGAGAUGCGAAUCCGGUCCCAGUAGGCCGGGGUCGUUCUAAUGGCCGGUCCACUCCUCCAGGGUCUGUCACCGCUGGAAGAGGCUAGUGGACGACCGGUGGUUGUGGCGACAUGUCGACCUGACGCUCUACACGGUAUGCGAUAGGCGGGACCCGCGGACAGUUCACGGAGAGCCAGCCUCCUGUCCAGAAGUGGGAUGCGUCCAAAAGUCAUGUGGCACCUUCUGCGCCGAUACAUGGCUUCCAGGCUCCACUCGCUGCGCAUGGGUGGCUACCUGUUCUCUGGCUCUCAGGCCCCACAGCUGUCCCCUGCCUUGAUGCGGGCCCUGGGCCAGAAGUGCCCCAACCUGAAGCGCCUGUGCCUGCACGUGGCUGACCUGAGCAUGGUGCCUAUCACCAGCCUGCCCUGCACGCUGAGGACCCUGGAGCUGCACAGCUGCGAGAUCUCGAUGAUCUGGCUGCAGAAGGAGCAGGAUCCCACAGUGCUGCCACUGCUGGAAUGCAUCGUGCUGGACCGAGUGCCAGCCUUCCGGGAUGAGCACCUGCAGGGCCUCACCCGCUUCCGAGCCUUACGCUCGCUGGUGCUGGGCGGCACCUACCGGGUCACCGAGACCGGGCUGGAUGCCAGCCUCCAGGAGCUCAGCUACCUGCAGAGACUGGAGGUGCUGGGCUGUACCCUGUCGGCCGACAGCACCCUGCUGGCCAUCAGCCGCCACCUCCGAGAUGUGCGUAAGAUUCGGCUGACCGUUGGGGGCCUCUCAGCCCAAGGCCUGGUCUUCCUGGAGGGAAUGCCUGCCCUGGAGAGUUUGUGCUUCCAGGGACCCCUCAUCACCCCAGAAAUGCCUACACCUGCUCAGAUUGUGUCAUCUUGCCUCACCAUGCCUAAACUCAGAGUGCUUGAGGUGCAAGGGCUGGGCUGGGAGGGCCAGGAGGCAGAGAAGAUCCUAUGCAAGGGCCUGCCCCACUGUAUGGUUAUUGUCAGGGCCUGUCCCAAAGAAUCCAUGGAUUGGUGGAUGUGAAGGCACCACCCAUCCAUCCCUGGGAUCUAUCCUAGCUUUUAAAGUUGACCUUCUAAGCAGCAAACUGAAGCUUGUACAUUAAUCAGGCUUGAGGGAACUGGAGGUCACAAGGAAAAGUUCCAGGACCUUGGGGCCUGCAGAGCUGGGGUUUUCUGUCAUCUGGAUGGCCUCAGCCUUGUCACCCAGUCUCUGGGAGGCCCAGUUCACACAUUUAGGAACAGGCAUCAUAGCUACCUCAUGAUUCAUUUGCAUAUCUUUACCCUCUACCAUUCCCCCAAUACCCGGGGAUCAAACCCAUGGCCUUAGGUAUGUUAGGCCAGCACUGCUGUGCUCCUGAGCCACACUGGAGCCCUGGAAAGCCUUAAUCUCUAAAGGACCCCAGAAGACCACUGUAGAGGGGCCAUUUUCAGGGUGCAGGUGGGCAGAGUUCAGGGCUCUGAGGUCUGCCUGAUUGUCUGCCAGAUGCUUGGGAAAUGAGGUCAGGGGGCAAGGAAGACAAGCUGUUGAAUUGUCCUAGUGUUCAAAAGGAUUCUCAAUGGUAUUUUCUGUAUUAUGUAUCCUGCCUUUUCCAAGUUUUCUACAGUAUAUAGUAUUUUACUAUUAAAGAAAAAUAAUGUUUUUUUCAAA